UAUGAAAAAUUUGUUGUGUGUAGUAAGUCGAGUUAUUACACAUGUAAACAAACCUGGCACAAACAACAUCUCUAGUUUAUAUCGUACCAUUUUGUAAAGCUGUCCUAGUCACGGCGCUUAUUCAAUCACCUAAAAAUGUAUAGAAGUUUUGCGGGAAUUAUAUGUUCAAAGUGUGGACUUGUUAGCACUUUCCGAAAACAUAACCACGUUAAUAGCAGACGAUUAUUUAAUUCUAGUGCAAAUCUGGGAUUUAAAGUUCUAGGCAUUGAAACUAGUUGUGAUGACACUGGAGUGGCAAUCGUUGAUAGUGACCGGAAUCUUCUUGCUAACGCUCUUCACAACCAGGCCCAAAUUCAUUUAGAGAAUGGUGGUAUAUUGCCUCCUGUUGCUGGCUUUUACCACAGGGCUAAUAUGGAGAAGGUCGCCAAUCAAGCUUUUACAGCUUCGAAAUUGUCUAUGGCAGAUAUUGAUGCAGUAGCCGCAACUGUGAAACCUGGGCUAUCUCUUUCUUUAGAAGUUGGGGCAAAGUAUGGCUGUUUUCUUAGUAAGAAAUUUCAAAAGCCAUUCAUUCCCAUACAUCACAUGGAGGCACAUGCAUUGACUGCCCGUUUGAUUGACAAAAAAGUAAAAUUUCCAUUCCUAGUUCUGUUGAUAUCUGGCGGUCACUGCCUCCUGGCACUAGUAAAAAAUGUGGACUCCUUUCUACUGUUAGGGAAGGGUUUGGAUAAUUCACCAGGUGAAGUUCUUGAUAAGGUUCACAGACGCUUGAAACUACGCAACAUUCCAGAGUUACAGAAUUUUUCUGGUGGCCAUGCUGUUGAAGUUAUGGCAGAAAAAGCAACAAAUCGAACUGAGUUUCCUUUUGAAAUACGAGCAAACAGCAUUCUUUCCUGUGACUUUUCUUUUUCUGGUCUGGUAACACAGGCUUACAACACUAUUGCAGCAGAGGAGCAGAAAUAUGGCACUACGGCUGAUGGAGUGAUUCCAUCUGCUCCUAAUUUGUGUGCAGCAAUACAAUAUGCUAUUACUCGUCACCUCUGUAGAAGAGUAGAAAGGGCCAUGAUUUUUUUACACAGGAAAGAAAUGAUACCCAGAGAUAAUCUUAGCCUGGUUGUCUCAGGUGGUGUGGCUGCAAACAAGUAUAUUUCUAGAGCCCUAAAAAUUGUUUGUGAUACUCAUGAUUAUCAUCUAUCUGUUCCUCCGCCACAUUUGUGUAAUGACAAUGGUGUCAUGAUUGCCUGGAAUGGUGUUGAGAGAUAUAGAGAAAACCUGGGGGUUUUGCACUGGGAUGAUUUGGAUUCUGUCAGUAUCUUAACAAAGUGUCCACUAGGUGUAGACAUCAGAGAGGCAGUAGCAAAUGCUAGUGUAACUCGCCUGAAAUAUGUUAAACUAACUGGAUUGGUUUAAAAAUAAUUUUUGGAGUUGUCCUGAUCAGUUUUGAGCAUAAAUUAUAAAUCGCAAAAUGUUCACUAU